AUGAAUCCAAGAAGUAACCAUCUUUACACAUUGAGCAUUAAGUAUUUCCAGGUCCCGAACAUUCUGUGCAAGGAGAUUCGCAACGAGUACAACUUUUAUUUGAAUCAUUGUAAUAAUAUUCAGCAACACAAUUUAUGCAAGCUGUCUCUGAUUCACAAUUAUCACAUGGUGAUUUGCAAUGAGAGCAGGAAUUAUUAAUCAAGUAGUAUUUUGGUUAACAAGAUAAACAAUGAGUUGCUUCAUUUUCACAAUUUGCACAAGGACUGUCGCAUGCAGCGCAAACAGUGCCCUAUAAGAAGAAUCCAGCAGAACAUUAUUUGCAAAUACCAUCCAAAUAAUAAUUUUAUUGGCAAGAUGAACAUUCAGUAGCACUCGAACAUUUUGUACAUCCAUUUGGACAAGUUAAACAAGAGCUUCCGCCAUCUGAGUAAUAACCAUCAGCGCAAGAUUGGCAUUGAGUUUCAGAAGUGCAUGUUUUACAUUUAAUAUCACAUUUUCUACAAGCUUGGUUAUCAAACCAAUAUCCGGUGUUACAAGUAAUACAUUAAUUCUAAUUGUUGCACUCAGUACAUGGAGCAACACAGGGCAAGCAUGCAUUAUCCUCUAGGUAUUUUCCUUGAAGACAGGAUGUACAAUUUGAAUCACUAUUCAAACAUGACUUACAAUUGUUUGAGCAAUUAUAACAAUGUCCAGAUGAAUAGUAUUGAGUGA